AUGCUUUCACUUUCAUUACGCGUACGGGUUUCACACCCAAACACUUGCACGAGUGUUAGACUCCUUGGUCCGUGUUUCAAGACGGGACAGUUAGAGCACGUACGACAGACAGCGAUACCAGGACUAGCCCAGUCAGCAGCGAAAGAAACACUGCAAAAACAACCGAGGACAAGCCAAGCAAGAAAUGACGCUACUAGUCACACCAGAGAGCCAAAACAAGCGAAUAACAAGUCCCCAGAUGACGCUGGCCGAGCAUUACUGAUUCCCAAAAGGAGCACAGAAAUGCAACGUUCGCUCCAAUCGAUUCCCCCUCAGCAAUUUCAGGUACUUUUAACACUCUUUUCAAAGUUCUUUUCAUCCUUCCCUCACGGUACUUCUUCGCUAUCGGUCUCACACCAAUAUUUAGCCUUAUGA